AUGGCAACAAUGGGCAAGUUAUGGGACAGAUUUAGCGGGGGUUUGGCACGUAAUGGGAGCAAACGCAAGAGAGAAAGCCGCGGUGUUUCUGAGAUGUCUUCACCAUUCGCCAAAGAGCCCGAGCUGGAUACUGGAGACGAAACUGGAUCUUCAAAUGUUGCCACUGCGAAUGGUGUCAACUCCGCUGAGGAAGCCAAGCCCUCGACGCCGGGUAUGGUAGAAUUGGCCGCCAUUAUUACCAGAGAGACGGAGAAGCUAGACGAGUAUAUCAAGAAAAGCGGAAAUCCUGUCCCAUCAUUCGACGUUGAUGCUCCUCUGGAUUUCCCAAGUUUACCUGAGGACAUCAAGAAGGCCAGGGAGGAGAUUGUCAGGGCGACGAAGGAACUGGGUGAUUUGGCGACCGGCCCGAGAGAGGGUGUGAGAUGGAUGGCCUGGGAUCAUAACAAUUCUCUCUCUCUCCACGCCAUAUAUCAUUAUCAGAUUGCAAAAUCAUUUCCCGUCCAUGAAACGGCAACCUACACCCAAAUCGCUGAAAAGGCCGGCUUGGAUGAGGUCAAUGUCCGCCGUUUCAUUCGCCAUGCAAUGACAAACAGAAUAUUCAGGGAGGUAAAUCCCGACGUGGUAGCUCAUACCGCAGCCAGCCGAGUGCUCGCGGAGGAUGCCGUGAUGAAUGACUGGGUUGGGUUUUGCACUGGUGACAUUUGGCCUGCAGCAUCAAAAGUAGUCACUGCGUUAGAUGAGUACCCAUCAGCCUCGGAGCCCACACAAACCGGCUUUUGUGUCUCAAACAACACCACAAAUAAAGAACCCAUGUUUGUGACCUUCGGCAAAGAUCCCUCACGCGCAAAGCGUAUGGGAGGCGCCAUGACCUCCCUUACCGGCGGUGAAGGCUACGAAGUAUCUUAUCUCCUUGACAGCUACGACUGGACCUCACUCAAUACCUCUCAAGGUACCAUCGUCGACGUUGGCGGCUCUCAUGGGUUUGUCUGCAUCGAUCUCGCCAAGCGAUUUUCCGACCUUCGGUUUGUCGUACAAGAUCUCCCCAAAACCGUGGCCUCGGCGCCGACAUUAGAAGGCGAUCUUGCAUCCCGCAUAUCUUUUCAGGCGUACGAUUUUUUCACCCCACAGCCCGUCAAGGGUGCUGAUGUGUAUUUAUUCCGCUGGAUUUUCCACAACCACUCGGACAAAUACGCCGCACUUAUCCUGAAGAAUCUCAUCCCGGCUCUCAAAAAGGGCUCCAAGAUCUUGAUUAAUGAUCACUGUCUCCAGGACGGAUAUGGUAUGGAGAAGAGUCUGUGGGACGAGAAAAUUAUUCGGUCCAUGGAUUUGGUUAUGCUAACGUUGCUUAAUGCGAGAGAGAGAAAUGCAGCCGAGUACAAAGCGCUGUUUGAGGGUGUUCAUAGCAGCCUUCGGUUUAACGGCGUCAAGAGAAUCGAGGGGUGUAGGAUGUGCAUUGUCGAAGCGGUCUGGGAGGGUGAGGAUUAUGGUGGGGUCGUGGAGGCUACGGAGGAAGGUGCCAAUUAG